AACAGCAAAAGCACCUGGAGCAGACAAAAAGUUUACUUGCUUUCCAGAAGGCGCUUUCGUUGGACCACGUGCAAUUAAAUCGUAAAACCUUAGCCUUCUUUUCAUGUUCUGAGAAGAAUGUCGGUUACCUUGGUUCUGACGCUUUUGUUUUGGCGACACGCUGCAGGAAUCACUGAUGGCUCUAUUGUUUAUCCGACAAUGCUGGAAGCCAGACAAGAAGGUGGUCGAAAGUUUAUUCGCUUGACAGACGAGCAGACGUUGAGCCUCGAGAAAGCUUCAGUGUUUGCCAAAAUGAUUGCACUCAACAGUGAUGAAAAUGGAAAUUACGUAGAAAAAUAUAUUGAUGGAUCUAAAAUUGAGGAAAACUUAUACAGCGACCCACACAAGAUGGCGUCAUUGAUGCUGGAUGACGCUGACGGUGUCAUUAAGUUGACAGGUAUGAUAAGCUUGACGCAACGAAUUGAACCCGUACUGGGAGAGCCGAGGUCGGAUCACGGAGCAGUCCCACAUAGGGUCAGCCGCAUACGCAUGCGAGAUCCUUUUAGGAACAGUGCAGUGCGGAUGAGGAGAGAUGUCAGCGCAGAAGUUCAUGCUAGAAUAGAACCCCGGAACGAUCUCCCAGAUACAGUGUACCUUGAGGUGUUCGUCAUUUCGGACACAUAUCACAACAGGUUCUUCAAUACAACGCAUCAACUUAUCAACUACUUGGCUAUCAUGUUCAACAGCGUCAAUCUGAGAUACGAAACUGUCGAAGAUCCAAAAAUACGUCUUAUAUUGGUGGGAGUCGAAGCGAGUCAAAGCGAACCCUACAUCCAGAAUAUGCGCACGAAAUUUACACUCGAAGGGUCUCUGCACGAUGAUGCUGUACUGGAUGCAUUAGAAAAAUAUGCGCACGACGGAUCAAUUGCAACAUACUUCGACACGUUGUACUUGAUGACCGGGCGAGACAUAUUUGCUGUCGGACUCUUCGACGAAAGCAUCGAGAAGCGAGCCGCAGGAAUUGCAAACCUCGGCGGCUUGUGCACGAAGGAAAACGUGGCGGCAGGAGAAGACAUACCGGGUUCCUUCGACGGUACCUUCACCGUUACGCAUGAACUUGCACACCUUCUAGGAGCGGUGCAUGAUGGAAGCGGUCCGUCCUUGCGUAUUCGAGGACACCAAGGAUCUCAACGGUGCCCCUGGAACGAGGGAUACAUAAUGAGCUACAAGGACACCGGGGAGAAUCAUUUCAAGUUUUCCGAGUGCUCCAAAGAGCAGUUUAGAGUACUCUUCAGACAAACGAAUCAAAGUUGCUUCGAUGUAGUAUCGAAGCAAGUGUUCAACAACCUGAAGCUUGGUUUCGCUGGUUUUUACACUAAGGCAUCCACUUACUGCACGCUGGCAUUUCCUGAAAAACCAGGAAUCUACCCUGCAGAAAGGGGAAACAGUUUAGCGGAGUGCCGACUGUUAUGCUGCCGCGGAGAUCCAAACCCCGACGAAUGUUACAAGAAGCCCCUCUUGGAUGCAAUGCCUUGUGAUGAUGGAAAGAGAUGUUUCAAUGGUGUGUGCAUACCUUUCAAGGGAUGAGACCUCAAGGCAUGCAGUGUUGGCUACGCUACAUUCAGCAUUCAGCACGAGUAAAAAGCUUGUGCAAGAUA